AUGAGAUCGAUACCUAUUAUUCUGCUGGUUUUUCUCAGUGCCCUUGUGUUAGAGACCGGCGGAACACAACAGAUAAGAAGGAGAUGUAAAAGAAGUGUAACGGCUUGGACAGAUGUCAUCAAAAAGCAGAAGGAGAGUAAUGGUUGCUCAAAAAACGUGUGGCUCGGUAUGGAUCGUGCGUCAAAGUGUCCCCAACUCAACGGAGCCGUCGUACCGGCUAUCCGGGCUCUGAAUGCGACAACUAUCGUGGAGACACCAGUGCAACCGAGACUAUACGGACGGAGAGGCGUGUACAAUGCGAAUUGUGAAUGGAUGGUGAUCGUGGUGCGAAACAAGGGAUGCGUCCUUCUCGACACCGAUACCAUCGAAUUCGAGUGUGAGAACAAUCGAAUCUACUUUCAGGGACGUGAAGUGACCAGUUAUGUGUGUGCUCUCAGUGUAUUCCCCGAUAUUGAAAUGGUUUUGUGA